UCUUUCUCAUAAUACAUUCAGUGAUAAAAUCUCUGGUCGUGGAGAAAACUCCCAGCUUCUCCUUUUCAAAUGGGCCCCGUCGCCUAGCGUCUGAUCCCCCUAGAGCCAGGCUCCCGAGGACACAGCAAGUCGGAAAACAGGGUUAACAUUUUAAAUAAGGAACAAGACCUGAACCAUGGCCUCUAUUCCAUCCAGUGGCUCUCUCGUUGCAACACAUGACUAUUACCGAAGACGCCUGGGAUCCACAUCUAGCAACAGCUCUUGUGGGAGUGUGGAUUACUCUGGCGAGGUGAUCCCUCACCACCCAGGUCUUCCCAAGUCAGAUCCUGGUCACUGGUGGGCCAGCUUCUUCUUCGGAAAGACCACCUAUCCGGUAAUGACUACGCUUUCGGAAUCCCCAGAGAACUCAGGAAACUUCCGUGUGACCAACGGCCUUAUCCCCUGCGGCCUGACUCAGGAGACCUCGAGGAAGCCGUCUCCUCCUGAGCCCUCCAUGCAUUCCCCUCCUCACUAGGACGACGCUAGGCGGCGGAGCCCUCCCUGUCCGCCCCCCACCCCCCGGACUGCCCAUCGUUUAACUGUAGUCUUUUAAUUUCAUGUUUUUAAUACAAAAAAAAUAACAAAAAAAGCGCUUUGUAUCACAUGGGUAACACUGAAACAUUCUUAAUUGUCUGUUUGAUAUCCUGCCUUAAAAGGCUUUGCUACUUUUCACUUGUGAAAUAAACACGGGCAGUCCCUAAA